CACACAUCUAGACAAGAGAAUUGCGGUUCAAUUUAUACGGGACCCUGAAAUUUUUACUGAGAUUAGAAAUUUAGAGUCUCCUAUGGUUUUAUGGAUCUUGCCCACCGUAUUUAUCUGCUAUAAUUCUUAACUAUACCACGGGCAAACAAGUUACUACCAAAAUAAUAACCUACAGGAUGGAGCGCUCCGACAGAGCUAUUGCGAGCACCACGCAAGAUGAACAUUUAGCUACCAAAAAUGAGACAGCUAACAGUCGAAUGGGCCUAAAAUACUGGGAAAGCGUGACAAGCGACAUAAACGGUAUGCUUGGUGGUAUUCCAACUGUUCCGGGCUUCGGUUCUGUCUCAAGGAUCGAUCUUCAAGGUUCACGAACAUUUCUAGCAAGGCUAGGAGUAGGUAUCAAAAACGAAAGGAAGCCAGUAGCUAAGGCUGUUGACGUUGGAGCCGGCAUUGGAAGAAUCACUGAAGGCCUUCUUCUCCACGUAGCCGAUUCCGUGGAUGUGGUAGAGCCUGUAGCAAAAUUCACAGAUCGUUUAAAGACGAAGAAAGGUGUUUGCGAUAUAUUUAAUGUUGGCUUGGAGGAUUGGAAGGCUACAGAAGGCGCUCAGUACGAUCUUAUCUGGAUUCAAUGGUGCCUAGGCUAUCUCUCAGAUGAUGAGAUAGUUGACUGUCUCAAGCGUUGUAAGACAACACUAAGAGAUGACAGCAGCCUUGUGGUUAUCAAGGAGAAUUUGAGUUCUGGAAACGAGAAGAUGAUUGACGAUGUAGAUGGAAGUGUUACUAGACGCGAUGAAGACUUCCGAAAGUUGUUUACAUUAGCAGGGCUAAAUCUGGUAAAGACGGAUGUUCAGCGUGGAUUCCCUGAAAUACCACCGAAAAGGUUACUGCCUGUAAGAAUGUAUGCCCUGAAGGCUUAAUAUUACUUGGCUCAUGACAUAAUUUGCUUACAUUAAUAUAAGUCUCACGUCUUUAGAUGAUAUUAAUAGUAUUAAAUAAUAAUACAC